GUGCGAAGCCUGCCGCUGCUGCAGCGAGUCUGGCGCAGAGUGGAGCGGCCGCCGGAGAUGCCUGACGCAUCUGUCUGAGGAGCGGUCAGUGACGCGAUGGAGCGGGCAAGGGAUCGCUUACACCUGAGACGAACUACAGAACAGCACGUACCAGAGGUGGAAGUCCAAGUCAAACGCAGAAGGACUGCCUCACUGAGCAACCAAGAGUGUCAGUUGUACCCGAGGCGUUCUCAGCAGCAGCAAGUACCUGUGGUGGAUUUCCAGGCUGAACUGAGGCAGGCAUUCUUAGCUGAGACACCAAGAGGUGGUUAAAGCCAUAUUGGAGUAGCGAGGAAUCUGAUUCCAAGCAAAAACCAGGCUCCAUCUACUCUUUGAAGCUUCUGCCCAGCUUGCAUUGUUUCUAGGAGAACCCGCGUCAUACCUUUAUCUAUAGCCUUCCCCUAGGUCUUCAGAAGCAUCAAGUUUUAACUGUGGACAUUGGAUUUGGUGGAACAGCAAUCAUGACUGUUGGCAAGAGUAGCAAGAUGCUGCAGCACAUUGACUAUAGAAUGAGAUGUAUCCUGCAAGAUGGCCGAAUCUUCAUUGGCACCUUUAAGGCUUUUGACAAGCAUAUGAAUUUGAUCCUCUGUGAUUGUGAUGAGUUCAGAAAGAUCAAGCCAAAGAAUGCGAAGCAACCAGAGCGUGAAGAAAAGCGGGUUUUGGGUCUGGUGUUGCUGCGUGGGGAGAACUUGGUAUCCAUGACUGUGGAGGGGCCACCCCCCAAAGAUACUGGCAUUGCUCGGGUACCACUUGCUGGAGCUGCUGGAGGCCCUGGGGUUGGUAGGGCAGCUGGUAGAGGAGUACCAGCUGGUGUGCCAAUUCCCCAGGCCCCUGCUGGAUUGGCAGGCCCUGUCCGAGGAGUUGGGGGACCAUCCCAGCAGGUAAUGACUCCACAGGGAAGAGGCACUGUAGCAGCUGCUGCUGUUGCUGCGACUGCCAGUAUUGCUGGAGCCCCAACACAGUACCCACCAGGACGGGGCACUCCGCCCCCACCCGUCGGCAGAGCAACCCCACCUCCAGGCAUUAUGGCUCCUCCACCUGGUAUGAGACCACCCAUGGGCCCACCAAUUGGGCUUCCCCCUGCUCGAGGGACGCCAAUAGGCAUGCCGCCUCCGGGAAUGAGACCCCCUCCACCAGGCAUUAGAGGUCCACCUCCCCCAGGAAUGCGUCCACCAAGACCUUAGCAUACUGUCGAUCCAUCUCAGUCACUUUUUCCCCUGCAAUGCGUCUUGUGAAAUUGUGUAGAGUGUUUGUGAGCUUUUUGUUCCCUCAUUCUGCAUUAAUAAUAGCUAAUAAUAAAUGCAUAGAGCAAUUAAACUGUGA